AAAAAAGAUGAGUGGCUGGUGACCCAAAAAGUUAAUUUCCAUCUCUGGUAUGGCUAUGUGUAUGUGCCUGUAUGUGUGUGUGGGUGCAUGCGUGUGUGUAGGCAGGCGUCUUUAUACCAAACACAGUAACCACCUUCCAGAUUGUGAUGUGGCUCACAGCUUCAACCAAUGGCAGGCCUGCCUGAAAGACGCCUCCCAGCUCAACCUGCUGCUCUGCAAGCCCCUCCCUGAACCCCACUUUGCCUGGUUGUACAAGGGCAGACUGGUGCACUGGCGGCAGGAGCAGCUCCAGAAUAGGGAACCAGAGGAGAUACUACAGGAUGACCAGUUCAGGAUACUGUACAGGAGACUCCUGGGAGCAGUGACCCAUCCAGGCCCCGGGGCCAACAGGAAAGCUGGUGGGCCUGAGGCCCAGCUGAAGACCAGCAUGGGGCACCUUCACCUCAACACCCAAGACAAGGAAGAGGAGGAGCUUGGCGGGGGUUCUGAAGUUCUUAGGUUCUGUACAAUACAAUAGGCCUGUGUGUGUGUGUGUGUGUGUGUGUGUGUGUGUGUGUGUGUGUGUGUGUGUGUGUGU